AUGUUUGUCCGUCAACUCGUCGUUAGAGUUAUUGCUGCCGCAGUGUUGCUCAAAAUAGUGAGCGUCAUCUGGCACCAAUAUGUCUUUCAGUCUUUCCUCGUCGAACAGCAAAUCACAUUCGACGAUUUCCCCACCGACUACGCGAAGAAAUUGAACGAAUCGCGGGCAAACAACCAGCAGCCUCAGGAGUCCGACUACUCUUCCACCUACAACGGAACCAAGAUCCCACGUACGAUACACUACAUAUGGUUCGAAAGAAUCUACCCAGGCCAUGAAGGGCCUUCUGGAGGCCCAUCGAUUGGAUUUGGAUCACCGCAACUAUGUCGCGAGCACAACCCAAGCUACGAGAUCCGCAUGUGGAAUGCAACGAGCGCUCGCGAGUUUCUAUCCAAUGAGUACGCCUGGUUCUUACCAACAUAUGACAACUACAAGUACCCUAUUCAGAAGGUCGACGCCUUGAAGUACUUCGCGCUUUAUCACUUUGGUGGUGUAUACAUGGACCUAGAUGUCGCGUGUCGACGCUCAUUGGAUCCUUUGCUUGACUUUCCAGCCUGGUUUCCGGAAGCAUCGCCUUUGGGUGUCAAUAACGACCUGAUGGCAUCCGCAGCAAAGCAUCCGAUCGUGAAGAGGAUGACAGAGGGUCUGGUGACACACAACUGGAAUCUGCUGUUCCCAUACCUUACAAUCUUCUGGACGACUGGGCCACAGUUCACGAGUACGAUACUGCAAGAAUGGUUCGAGGAAUGUCCCGAUGGAAAAUGUAUGCAGCGCGGGGCCAGAGACGACCUUGACUCAGAUUCCUUCGUCGUCCUACCGCGAGUCUUCUACUCAGAAGAAUACACCUUUUUCGGUCAUAAGCCUGGAGGAUCAUGGCAUGGUGGGGAUGUCGCCGUGGUAUUGUGGUUCGUAGAGCGACCAUGGGCGAUCGCAAGUGUUGCCACGGCCUUUGUUGGAACGAUCUUUGGUAUUAUUCGGUUGAGGAGUAGACGGGCCCGACAAAGAGGGAAGGCAUAUAUUCCACUGGUUUAG